AUGGUGACAGCAGCCAUGUUGCUACAGCGCUGCCCAGUGCUUAUCCGGAGCCCCACAGGCCUCCUGGGUAAGAUGAUUAAGACUCACCAGUUCCUGUUUGGUAUUGGACGUUGUCCCAUUCUGGCCACCCAAGGACCAAGUUGUUCUCAAAUCCACCUUAAGGCAACCAAGGCUGGAGCGGAUUCUCCAUCUUGGGCCAAGAGCCACUGUCCCUUCAUGCUGUUGGAACUCCAGGAUGGGAAGAGUAAAAUUGUGCAAAAAGCAGCCCCAGAAGUCCAGGAAGACGUGAAGAUUUUCAAGACAGACUUGCCCAUCUCUCUGGCCUCAACCAGCCUGAGGAAGCCAUUCUCCAGUCCCCAAGAGCCAGAGAAAAAUUCAGAGAAGGUCACACACCUGAUUCAGAACAACAUGGCUGGAGACCAUGUCUUUGGUUAUGACCAGUUUUUUAAGGACAAAAUCAUGGAGAAGAAACAGGACCACACCUAUCGUGUUUUCAAGACUGUGAAUCGCUGGGCUGAUGCAUACCCCUUUGCUGAACACUUCUUUGAGGCAUCUGUGGCCUCAAAGGAUGUGUCUGUCUGGUGCAGUAAUGACUACCUGGGCAUGAGCCGGCACCCUCGGGUCUUGCAAGCCACACAAGAGACUCUGCAGCGCCAUGGAGCUGGAGCUGGUGGCACCCGCAACAUCUCGGGUACCAGUAAGUUCCAUGUAGAGCUGGAGCAAGAGCUGGCUGAGCUGCACCAGAAGGACUCAGCCCUGCUCUUCUCUUCCUGCUUUGUGGCCAAUGACUCCACUCUCUUCACCUUGGCCAAGAUCUUGCCAGGGUGCGAGAUUUACUCGGAUGCAGGCAACCAUGCUUCCAUGAUCCAAGGUAUCCGCAAUAGUGGAGCAGCCAAGUUUGUCUUCAGGCACAAUGACCCUGACCACCUGAAGAAACUUCUAAAGAAGUCCAACCCUGAGACACCCAAAAUUGUGGCCUUCGAGACUGUUCACUCCAUGGAUGGUGCCAUCUGUCCCCUUGAGGAAUUGUGUGAUGUGGCCCACCAGUAUGGAGCUCUGACCUUCGUGGAUGAAGUUCAUGCUGUAGGGCUGUAUGGGUCCCGGGGUGCUGGGAUUGGGGAGCGUGAUGGAAUUAUGCACAAGAUUGACAUCAUCUCUGGAACUCUUGGCAAAGCCUUUGGCUGUGUGGGUGGCUACAUUGCCAGCACCCGUGACUUGGUUGACACAGUACGUUCCUAUGCUGCUGGCUUCAUCUUCACCACUUCACUGCCUCCCAUGGUGCUCUCCGGAGCUCUGGAAUCCGUGCGACUACUCAAGGGAGAGGAGGGCCAAGCCCUGAGAAGGGCCCACCAACGCAAUGUCAAGCACAUGCGUCAGCUACUAAUGGACAGGGGCCUUCCUGUCAUCCCAUGCCCCAGCCACAUCAUCCCCAUUCGGGUGGGUGAUGCAGUGCUGAACAGCAGGAUCUGUGAUCUCCUGCUCUCCAAGCAUGGCAUCUACGUGCAGGCCAUCAACUACCCAACUGUCCCCCGGGGUGAGGAGCUGCUGCGCUUGGCACCCUCCCCCCACCACAGCCCUCAGAUGAUGGAAGACUUUGUGGAGAAGCUGCUAGAAGCGUGGACUGAGGUGGGACUCCCCCUCCAGGAUAUAUCUAUAGCUGCCUGCAACUUCUGCCGCCGUCCUGUACACUUCGAGCUCAUGAGUGAGUGGGAACGUUCCUACUUUGGGAACAUGGGGCCCCAGUAUGUCACCACUUAUGCCUAA